AUGGUACUGUCAGUGAUGAUGACGUCCCUCUGCAAAGAGUACUAUCAAUUCAUGCUUGCCCAGGGAAUCAUGGGCGGGAUUGCCUCCGGCAUGUUAUUUGCCCCUGUCAUGACAUGCGUUAGCCACUAUUUUCAUCAAAGGCGCAGCGCAGCACUCGGUGUUACCGUCUCUGGGUCUUCUAUCGGCGGAAUCAUAUUUCCCAUUGCUUUGAGCAAAAUGCUAAAGAAUGAAUCUGUAGGAUUCGGAUGGUCUGUUCGAAUUGUCGGGUUCAUCAUCUUGUUCAUGGUCUUGAUAGCGAUGGUCACUAUCAGAGAGCGGCUUCCUCCUCGUCGUGGCAAGAUAUUUUUGGCAGCAGCUUUUACUCGUGCUCCUUACGUUCUCGUCACACUCGGUAUCUUUUUCAUGAUGUGGGGACUUUUCACUCCCUUUUUCUAUCUUCCGCAAUAUGCGCAGUCUCAUGGCAUGGGUUCACAGAACUCGACUUACCUUUUGUCAAUACUCAAUGCUGGCUCGGUUUUUGGCAGAAUAUUGCCAGGCAUUGUUGCAGACAAGAUUGGUCGCUUCAAUAUCUUGGUUAUCAACAGUGUCUGCGCCGGGAUUCUACUUCUGUGCUGGAUUGCAGCAACUUCAAAUAGCUCUAUUAUUGCCUUUGCGGUAAUCUAUGGUUUUUUUUCGGGGGGAAUAGCGUCACUAAUGUCUCCUUGCAUUGCCCAAGUGACCCCAAGUCCGGAUCAGAUUGGGACCCAUCUCGGCAUGUCAAUGGCCAUUAUUGGCCUAGCUGGCCUUACUGGGACACCAAUAUGCGGUGCUCUGCUAAGGGCAUACGGAACGUACACACAAGCUGCAGUAUUUAGCGGUGUGGUGAUGUUGUUCGGAACCGUUCUCGUGGCCGUGGCGAGAUUGCAUCUACAGGCCAAGCUCUUGGAAAUUGUGUGA